UGACAACCCGCUGUUCGAUAGCUGACACUCACAGACCGCGAUUGUUAGUGCAGUGUAUCAUUAUUACAUUUGCUUUAGGCUAUGGUUACCAUUACGGAAUUACAUUUGGGGGGCGAGAGAAUAACGGCAUAGGCAAUAUCCGGCGUUUCGGAGUGGUGGUGUAAAGCUAAGCUCUCCUACACAAAUAAGUGGCAUCAGUCGCAGACUGGACUCAUAACAAAGCGUACCAUCCAAUGUCAGUCUGGAAGCGGGGGGUGAGGCAGGGGGCUAUGUCGUUUCAGCUCCUCUCCACUACCAUUUGAUUAACCAUGAUGAAGACCGAACCCCCGUCCGCCACCAGCGGUAAUGCCGGUGCGCCAAUUGGAGCUCGGAGCGCGUCCCCACACCGGAACGCGUACGAGGCGGGAAUCCAGGCGCUCCAGCCAGCCAAAGAUGCCGGCGCCACCAACGGGGAGGAUGGCAAAGAGGGGAAAGUGCGAGGCCUGGGCCGCGGCCGCCGGUACGGCUCCAAUGUCCACCGCAUCAAGAAUAUGUUCAUGCAGAUGGGCUCUCCUGGGGAGGAAGAGGAGCCAUUGAAGAUGAAGGACCAGGCGGUGCGGCUGUCCCUGCCUCGAGCGAGCAGCCUGAAUGAGAAUGUUGAUCACAGCGCACUGCUCAAGUUAGGUGGUACUGUCUCUGAGCGUGUGAGCCGCUUCGACAGCAGGGGUGAGGGCAGUACCGCUCAUGGAUCUUCCCCUGGCUACUCCAAGCUGCAGGAGACGCGGAAGAUCUUUGAGCAGCGCACCUUGCAGGAGAAGCAGGCUGCCACCAACCGCAUCCUGCUGAAGAAGGAACGGGCCUCGGGCUUCCAGGACAGCCGUCUGGAUGUGGUUGCAAGGUUCAACGGCAGCACCGAGGCCCUGGACAGGCUGGAUGCUGAGGGUGGCCCUGUCGAGGCCGUGUCCCCUACUGUCAGCCAGCUGAGUGCCGUCUUUGAGAAGGCCGAGCUGCGCAACAGUUUCAGUCGGCCGUCCUCGACCUCGCCGCUGCCCCCUCAUGCCGCCAGUCCCACCCCAGGGAGAGCAGGUGGCACCAGCUCCAAAUUCAUCCCCAAAAAGGUGCGAACUUUCCCCAAGGUGGGGAGUCAAGAGAAGGGAGCACAGGCCGAGGGACAGGAGGCUGCACCUGGAAGUCCCAGGAGGACGGGCUGCCAAGCUGAUGCCCCCGGGAGCAAACAGUCAGUGAGCACCUCAUCCGGCCCACCUGUGGAGCUGGAGAAGGAGUGGCAAAGGGAGCCCUCUGACACCAGCAUGGAGAAGGAGCCGAAACAAGGAGAGCGUGAUGCCUCCGGCCCUGGCGGCCAGGAUGCAGGCAGCAGGCUGGUUCACGCAGAGGUCCAUGCAUCGCUGGAGAAUGGGGACACCGAUGGAGCCUGUGAGGAUGCCAACCAAAAAGAUGAGGGCAGGUCAGCCUUGGGAGACAACUGCCUCCAAGAGGAGGAGGCAGCCGAGGAGUCCCAUAAGGAGGAUUACUCUGAAGCUGACCUGGUGGACAUCAGCGCCUACAGCGGCAUUGGUGAGGACUCUGGCGGGAGUCAGCUGGAUGAGGAUGAGGAGGCAGACGAUGAUGAAGCCUACGAACCAGAGUCCAGCUGCACAGAGAUCUCGGGGCUGCCGACCGAGGAUGAGCCUCCAGCCAGCCGGAAGAUCCGCUUCAGCACUGGGCCCAUAAAGGUGUUCACCACAUACUCCAAUGAGGAUUACGAUCGGCGCAAUGAUGACGUGGACCCGAUGGCAGCCUCAGCUGAGUACGAGCUGGAAAAGAGAGUGGAGAGGCUGGACCUUUUCCCUGUGGAGUUGGAGAAAGAUGGAGACGGAUUGGGCAUCAGUAUCAUCGGAAUGGGCGCUGGCGCAGACAUGGGCCUGGAGAAACUCGGAAUCUUUGUCAAGACUGUCACAGAGGGAGGAGCCGCCCACCGAGAUGGAAGGAUCAAGGUGAAUGACCUCAUAGUGGAGGUGGAUGGCACAAGUCUGGUUGGAGUGACUCAGAACUUCGCAGCAUCUGUCCUUAGAAACACUAGCGGCACAGUCAAGUUCAUAAUUGGCCGGGAGAAGCCUGGGGAGCAAAGCGAGGUGGCCCAGCUCAUCCAGCAGACCCUGGAGCAGGAGCGCUGGCAGAGGGAGAUGAUGGAACAGCGCUACAACCAGUACAUGGAGGAGGACGAGGAGACAGGAGAGUACGGCACUGAUGAGGACGAGGAGAUGAGCCCCAUGUUCCCCAACGCCAUUGAGGUGUUCGACCUGGCCGAGAACGAAGACAUGCUCUCACCUGCAGAGAUGGACCCUGAGAAACUUGCACACAAGUUCAAAGAGCUCCAGAUAAAGCAUGCUGUUACCCAGGCUGAGAUCCAUCAGCUGAAGAGGAAGCUGGCGCAUGCCGAGCAGGAGAAACUUCGCUGGCGGAUGGAGAAGACUCAGCUGGAGCAGACCGUGCGGGAGAGCAAGGAGCGCAUGGAGAAGCUGGAGGGCUACUGGAUGGAGGCGCAGAGCCUCUGCCAGGCUGUGGACGAGCACCUGAAGGAGACGCAGGCCCAGUACCAGACGCUGGAGCGCAAGUACAGCAAAGCCAAGCGGCUCAUUAAAGAGUACCAGCAGAAAGAGAUUGAGUACUUGAAGCGGGAGACUGCUCAGCGGCGUACUCAGGAGGAGUCUGAAGCUGGCCACAGGGAGGAGACGGACAGCCUACAGGAGAAGAUUGCAGACCUGGAGACGAAGGUGGGUGCACUGAAGAGCUCGGAGCCCUCCUAACCCUCCACAUGUGAGAGGGCAAGAGCGAGAGAGAGAAAGAGAGGGAGAGAAAGGGGGAGAGAGGGAGAGAAAUGCCUUUCACACGCCAGCCAUCCCUCCCUCCUGCACGCUCUCCCUGGGAGGCAUACGACAGCAGCCGACCACCAGACUGCGAGAAACGUUGAAGGGACGUCCCCGGGGAGAGUGGAAGGAUGGGCUGGCAACGAAGACUCCAUGAUGCCCUGCCAGACAUCUGCUGCAGACCUGCCCACCUCUCAUUCCCGUGACAGCCCACAUAAUGCAGCUCCCCGCAGCUCUUUGGUUUCACACACUAUUCCAUGUUCUUUGCUUUGAAUGCCCUCGAGAAAAAGCAUUACGCCGCUUCCUCUUGGCAGCCUGGCACGGUGCGUCCGAGUGACCCGUGACCGGCCGGGCGUACCGCCAGCGGGAAAACCGCAAAAGCGGAUAGCCCAGGUUUUUCCAACGACAACACAAUAUGACCACUGCCCUCCGCACCGUCACCAUUGACUACAGAGCCAGGGUGGUUUGUACAGUAUUGACAGUAGAAAUCAUGACAUUUGUAUAUAUAAUCUUCAGCUUAUUUAAAAAUGCUUAAGCAAUGAUCUGGGGGGUGGGGUUGGGGGGCGGUGAGUGCCUUCACCAAUGUAGGUGAAGGACAAUAAAAUUGAGCAAAAGGCCCAGUACUAGACUGGCAGGCAGAAAGUGUAGUUCUUUCAUACCUUUUACAUUUUUUUUUUUUUUUUUUUGGCAAAAUGGCAAACAGGGUGAGAUACUUCUGCAAGCUUGACAUUUAAGUGCACAUUCUGAGAGUUGCUUACAUUUCUCACUUUGCUUUUUUUGUCUAGACAGUAUUAAUGGAGCAGUGUAAUGUGAUUCUGGGCUCCGAGUUGUGAUCUGCCAAAAAACCUAUUACCCUCACCUAACCAUUCAACACCACCAGUGCAAGUCACCUAUAGCUCAGCUCCUGUAACAUACUGUAAGCAUGUCAAACCAUCCGCAUGAGUAAAACACUUUAGAAGAGGCUCUGUAAUGUUAGGCCUCAUGUCAUUGUUGAUGUGCAAUUCCACCUUUUUCCUUCAGGCACCAAAUUACAGUCUUGUGCAGUACUUUUCUCAUAGGCAGAAUAUGUAACAGGGAAGAUACAUUUUGUGCAGUUAAACACAGAAAGCAUCUCAUUACUAAGGGAAUUGCAGGCAUUGUGACUUCAACAGCGCUUAGUUAUGCCACUUCAUGAUGCCUUUUUGACAUAAUCAGUGGUUCCAUUGAUAAUGCAAUAUAGCUAAUGAUCCCAUUACAGCUAAUCAGUUGUUCCAAGGAUAGGAAGGGUUUUACACUGAUCUAAGACCAGUUUCCUCUCAAAGUUCUCUUUAAUCAUUAUUUGAGAAAUAACAACUUUGGUCUCAGAUCACUGUAGUAGAUUUUAAAUGCUAAUUACUGACUUUUAGCCUUUUCUGAUGUAUUACUGGUGAUACUUAAGCAGUUUUUGUUCUGCUCCUGUGACAGAAGUAUUUUAUACUUGUAUUCCCCAAAUAUUGCAUUUGGGAAAAGUAAAGCUUGUGUGAGGACCUGAAUGCAGUUUUUAAGUAGAAAUUGCCCGUUUAUCUAAUCUUGGAGCAGCUUUUCCAAACAGUGUAUUCUUAAAAUCAUCAUAAACCAUUAAAAGGAAACCAUGAAACUGGUCUCAGCUCAGCAUUAAGAUAAGCAGCUUCUCUGGUUGCAAUAAAAGGGUCCACAUUGACUUUACAUUUUUAAUCUGGAUUUCUUUUGUAAGUAUUGAACAUUGGUCCUCGUAAGACAGUGGCUGUAGUUGCCAUGGCUUUCUCACAUAUGUAUUUUUAAUUCAAGCCAUUGUCUGCACUUGUGUGCUUUGUGAAGGCGCAGUGUCACUUACAGUGCAGUAUUUCAAAACAAAGUCUGCCGUUUUACCUAACCUUUUAACCAAUAACUUAGAACAGUAUAUCACAGCAAAAGUAUAAAAUGGGCUUCUUUAAUAUCAGUGGGGUAUAAAGAGUUUUUUUUUAUUGUGUGGAAAUCGAUCUUCAAUUAUUCACUUGCUCAGUUUGCUUCAUUUCUAGUUUUGGUCCUUUUGAUUUUGCAGUCGUUUUAUACAGGGUGCAACAAGUCCCUUAACAGCCCGUGUCUGAGUACUCGUCUAAGUCUGGUCACUCCUAACACUGUGCUAGUCCCGGGCCCACGUUCCGGUGUCCCAGCCGACUUGUGUCCUUAUAAUCUUACAAGUAAAACUCAUCAUAGAACAGCAGUCAUACUCUUGAGAAAUUUAACAGACGUGUACAAGUCCCUGAACUACCUCAGGUUUUUUGGGUUUUUUUUACAUUUUCCCUGCUCAUCCGAAUAUUUUUGCACAAAGAAUGCGCAUAAUAGAGCGCCAUUAAUAACUGGAACUGGUGAAAUGCAUUAUAGAUAUCUGCAUGUUACGUCGUUCAGCCUGAGGACAGUCAGGACGGGAGCUGGUCCCUCUAGUACCUGCACCCUCUCCCAGUCCGUGGGCUUGUCGUACCCGCUGCUGAGGAAGCAGGGUCCAUGCCAGUGUACCUUCAAACAGUGGACGCUUGUUCGCUCCAUUCAUUCCGAAUGACCCAGCAGCGGCACGGACUCUGAUAAAAACUGGGCAAACGCAAGGCCGUGUUUGUUUGUUUGAGUGCUUUACGGCGUGUGUAGUUGACUGCAUCUCCAUGGAACCCUGGCGCCGCACGGGAGGACUCGGAUCGGGUCAGCUGAAACUAGACCAGCGUCAGCAGCUGUAACUGGGACUUCCGUUAGAACCCUCCACAGCGUCACCGCAGGAAGCACCGGGACCCAGCCCAGGGACAAACUCCAUGCACAUUGCAGACACUGACCAAUGAGCCAGCAUCAGAACAGCAGAACAGAGCACAUCAUGUGCACCAGUCUCGGCGGGGGGGGGGUUCUCCUGUGUCACGGAGCAAGAGAGCUUAUUUCCUGUUGAUGACUACGAUUAUUUGAACAGAUUUGACCAUAUAUCGUACGUUUUGGGUGGACCAGUUAAGAUUGGUAGAAGAGUAGUGCCAGGGUGAAAGAUAUACUGUUUUCAGCUGAAUGACAGAAGGACAAGCAAAUUGUUGAGCAAUUAUCAGAGCAGUGAAACACUGGUCAGACGUUUUAACCUUACAUUCCAUUUGACUUGCUUCGCAGAUGCCAUAGCCUUUAAUAAGGUUUGCUUGCUUGUGUCUAUAGAGAGGAACUGUUUUGCUCAUGCUGAUGUGAAUUUUACUCAUUUUAAAUGAACUACACGAUCAUUCCUUCUCUAUUAACUUUUUUACCCGCCUUGAUUUGCAUCCUUAUGAAUGAGAGGUUUGAUUUGAAAUGAGCAUCAUGUUCAUCUUGCAUAAUUUACUGUCAUUAACAAUAAAUACAGAAAUGUGUUCAAUGGA